AUGCUAAGGAGCUUUCAUUACAUCGACGAUAAAGGCAAGGACCAGGGUAUAAACGUCCGCAACCGCAGCAAAGAACUCGUCGAGCUCCUCUCCGACGUCGAAAAGAUCCGCACCGAGCGGCGCAAGGCCAAGGCGAACAAGAACAAGUACACGGGCGUCGGCAACGACGGCAUGGCCUUCUCGUCCUUCGGCGGCGGCGGGUCCGGCCGGUACGGCGGAUUCGGCAGCGACUCGCUUGGUGGAGGUGGGAGCUCGUCGUACGGCGGGGGAGGGUACGAUGGGAAUGGCGGGGGGUAUGGGAGUAGGGCGAGUGGAUAUGACCGCGAGUACAGCAGCGGUGGCGGCGGCUCCUCCGGCGGCUUCCGCGACAGCUCGUCCAACGCCAAAUUCGAAGAAUACGACGCGGGCGACUACGAGGCCCCGCGCCGCUCCGGCUCCGUCAACGCCUCGUCUUCAUCUUCUUCCCGCGCCGCCGCGCCCGCGCGCAGCAACACGCAGCCGCCUCCUAAGGCGAAGCAGGCUGAGGCACCGGCGCCGGCAAAAGUUGUGGAUUUGCUUGGGUUCGACGAUGAGGAGCCCGCGGUGGGGGUUAAUACUAAUAAGGCGCUGCCGACGCCUGCGAGUGUUGCUGCUCCUGCUGCUCCUGCUGACAGCUUCGACGACGAGUUCGCAGACUUCGUCGGCGCGCCCGUGUCACCCACCACCGCCACCUCACCCACCGCAAUCGCAUCGGCCCCCUCACCCGCUCCUUCUGGCAAGCCGAACCUGAUGGACCUGCUCAACUCGGCGCCUGCUGCUGGGGCGAGGCCGCCGAUGGCGGGACAUGUCUCGCAGGGGUCUGUCAGCUCUGGGUACGGCAUGGGCAUGGGCGGCGGAAUGGGCGGAGGCAUGGGCGGCGGCAUGGGAGGAGGCAUGGGAGGCGGCAUGGGGAUGCAACAGCCGAUGUACGCCGCGUCGCCCCCGCCCAUGGGCGGUAUGGGCUAUGGAGCAGGAGGAAGUAUGAUGUCGCCCUCUGCACCGCCCAUGCUCAGCCCGUCCUCACGCACCACAUCCGUCUCGACUCCGCCCCCCUCUUCCGCCUCCUCUACGACUAAGACCGGAGGAGGAGGAGGGUUCGACGAUCUGUGGAAGACGUCGCUCGGCUCGACGGGCGCGGCCAAGCCGGCGCAGGGCGCGCAGAAGAGUAUGAGGGAGCUGGGGAAGGAGAAGGCGAGUGCGGGGAUUUGGGGGACGAGCGUUGGUGCUGCUUCGUCGCCUAAGCCGGCGGGGAUGGGCGCGCCGCUUGGUGGGUUUGGUAGUGCGAGCGGAGGGGCGAGUGGUGGGGACGAUCUCUUGCUGUGA